UUCCCAUGUUCCGAGCCCGGAGCACUAUCCCUUUAAGCCGCGCGCUUCCGCCGCCGCUCAUUCAGUCCAAGAUGGCGGACCUUCUGGGCUCGAUCUUGAGCUCCAUGGAAAAACCUCCAACCGUCGGUGACCAGGAAAGCCGGCGAAAAGCUCGAGAGCAGGCAGCCAGGAUGAAGAAAAUGCAGGAAGACGAAAAGAAAAAGAAAGCUGAUUUCAGAAAACGAAUGGAGAAAGAGGUGUCGGACUUUAUCCAGGACAGCAGUGUCCAGAAGAAGAAGUAUAGCCCCAUGGGGAAGAUCGAGAGGAGUAUCCUGCAUGACGUAGUAGAAGUUGCCGGACUGACGUCAUUCUCGUUCGGCGAGGACGAGGAGACAAGAUACGUCAUGAUAUUCAAGAAGGAGUUCGCCCCGUCAGACGAGGAGCUGGAAGCUUAUCGGAAGGGGGAGGAAUGGGACCCCCAAAAGGCGGAGCAGAGGCGUAGACUGAAGGAGCAGGCCGUGCUGGAGGAGCAUGAGGCCAGCCGGACCCAGAAGCGGGCGGCCUCACCCAGUUCCAACUACCGCGACAAGUACAGCCACCUGAUCGGCACCUCGGCAGCCAAAGACGCCGCGCACACGCUGCAGGCUAACCGCGCGUACGGCUGUGUGCCCGUGGCCAAUAAGAGGGACACGCGCUCUAUCGAGGAGGCGAUGAACGAAAUCCGGGCUAAGAAACGGCAGAAGAGGGAGGGCGAGGAGCCGGCGGCAGACGGCAGCGGCAGCAGCCUAUCUUGAUGCGUGUGUGUGCGUAUGCGCGUGCGUAGCGGUGUGCGGGAGAGAGAGUGUGAGAGAGAAAGCGAACAGGGUAGCGAGAACAAGGGUUUUAAUAGUUAGUAAACUUUUGCUAAUUUAAGAGCUGUGAAUUAACGAAACACGUACGGUACGUACAAGGCAUUGGAAUGGCGGGCCCUGCAUCGCCCACCGCUUCUGCUGUACUGUGAUCCGUGCGGUCUCUGCGCUGGAGUUUGUGUGCCGUCUUCCACUUCAUGUUCCAAGCUUUUCGUUUCUGACGUCAGUGGGCCAGUGGGAACUAUCCCCCUGGUCUCUCCUCUCUAGUGUUUGAUUCUGGUUUAAAAUUUUUAAAUGAAUAAUUACCACGGAAUAUACUUCAUUAUGCAGUAUCCAGUUGAAAUAAUGGUAGUCUUAAGAUGUUCCAGGUUUAAGCAGGUGCACUCAUUCUAUUAACCAUGUUUUGAGUUUGGUUGUGACUGUUCUUGAAAUGUGUGUUAGCGACCCCUGGUGGCAAUAGUACACUAUAGCACACUGGCUUUGACGACCUGAAAGGAAAGCCGUGUCUCCCAUAUUGAUUUUAGAUUGCUUAUACAGUUGUCUGUUUUUUAUUUUAAUUAUUAUUACUAUUAUGAUGGUUAUUAUUUCUAUUUGGGUUUACUGUCUUCUCACUCGUAGGGCAAUUUUCAACUAUACGGCUACUUUGAUAUAGAAAAUUCAAGAUAUUUACCAAGUGCUUAAUUUGCAAUCGCUGAGGAGCCUGGGUGCGCUGACUGGAUGGCGUCACACACAAAUCACGUCUUAAACAACGAUAAUGUGCUAUAAAGUACUUAAGUAUAUAACAAUGCAGUAUUUUUAGCGAUACCUGUUAGUUAUAUCAAACCGUAAGACAUACUUCUCCUGUUUGGUGAGUAUAACGAUUCAGAAGAUAACCUCAUCUAUUUUAGUGGCCAAAAAGUGGAUUUUAUUGCACACGUGGUGCAGUUUGCCCUUUGAAAUCAAAAGUCACGUAAGCGAAAUGUACUAAUUCAUGUGGAUGUAUGUUUAGUUAGUUCAGUUUGUAUUCCAAAGUUUAACUGAAUUUUAUUUUAAGUUUAAUUCUAUUGGGUGUAGCGUUUGAGGUAAGGGAUGCGCCGGAGCUCAGACUGAUCUGUAUUAGGCACUGUAUUUACAUAACCUGACUAGCUGCCUGUAUUUUACGGACUAUAUUGUGUAUGUACCACGAUGUAAGUGUUACAGAAAACUGUCUCAUCCUCUCCGUUGCCAUCUGAGAAAUGUAUAGUAGCAUCAUGAUAGGUAAUAACUUGUUUUUUAGUUCGCUGCCACCGCGAUCAAAAUAAAACGAUCACUGAAAAAUAAAGGAAUCUACCAAAAAAUGUAUAAAGCCAUGAAUGGAGUCACUCCGAAUGAAGUGAAACUUCGGGAAACCGAUUUCACAGCACUGUACUACAUUAAAUGAAGUCCUACUAGAAUGAAACUGGCUCCUAUUUGUCCUGAAAUGAAACAGCGUUUUGUUUUUAAGGUGAUUGCCUUAAUCUGAAUUUUACAGUUUUAGCUUUUUUCCAUGUUCCGGAGCUGUGUCUUUGUGUGACGUUAUUGUGGGUGAAUAAACUGUUUGUGGUUAUCUGA